AAGACCGAACCGUUCCAGCCAUCUAGCAGUCGAAGCUCAUUCGAAUUAUCUUUUCGCCAGUGUAUUUUUGCAUGCGGCUCAGUUAAGAAGUUGCCUACCGCGCCUGACACAAACAUUAACGUUUUUAAGUGUAAAUUGUUUUAAAAUAAGUAUGUGUUUAAACAUUAAUUUCCUCUGGGGUGCUAAAAAAAUCAAAAUGUGACUGGAACAACAAAAUUUUUAGAUCCGGUAAUUAUUUUGCAUGUGUAGAUAUGGAAAAUAUUUAACCUCAGAUUAAGAAAAAAUUCCAUUUUUACACUUUGCCCAACAGACGGACUUUGAAGUGUUAUUUUUAUUUUUGUAUUUGGAAACGUCAACAUGGCACCCAUGGCACCUAUGGCACCCGCCGAUCCCCUCACCCAAAUCAAUGCGUACAGAUCGUACGUUACAAUGUUGGCGGAUCCAAACGCCAAGGAUGAAUCGAAACUCAAAGCUGCGCAAGAAAUGUCGGAGAAUUUCGAGACCAUUCUUGGAUCACCGCACUACCCGCAGUUCUUGGACCACCUGAUGAAGAAUUUCUUAAAGAUCCUACAGGAGGGUGAGCCGCACUUCAUUUCUGAAUACAAUAUUCAACAAGUGCGCAAACUCAUUCUGGAAAUGAUACAUCGAUUGCCGGCGACCGAAUACCUGAGACCGUACAUCAAGCCAAUUCUCAGCUUGAUGCUAAAACUACUCGAAAUCGAGAACGAAGAAAACAUUCUGGUCUGCUUGAGAAUUAUCAUCGAGUUGCAUAAAACCUACAGGCCCACUUUUAAUCCAGAGAUACAACAUUUUCUUCAAUUUGUCAAAUCUAUAUACAGUGAGUUACCGAAAAAUUUGCCGAAAAUUUUCGAGCCACGAAAUCAAAUUAGAGUUAAAGAUCUAUCGGAAAUAAGCCGCCCGGAAAUUGAAGGAUACCUUCAAGAAACAUUUACGGUGACUCCAAUUCAGAGUGACAAAAAAUCAGCGGAUGGAUCUCCGUUAAGCUACAAUCUCAUUCCCAAAGCUGUGCUGUCAUUGAAAGUUCUUCAAGAAUUACCAAUAAUAGUCGUUUUGAUGUAUCAGAUUUAUAAGCAGAAUGUUCACCAAGAGGUUGCUGACUUCAUUCCUCUGAUUAUGAAUACAAUCACUCUGCAACCUACUCCUGCACAACGAAAUUCACCGAACUUCAACAAAGAAGUCUUCGUCGACUUCAUGGGUGCUCAAAUUAAGACUCUGUCAUUUCUCGCAUAUAUAAUUAGAAUUUAUCAGGAUGUUGUCGUUCAACAUUGUCCUAUGAUGAUCAAAGGUAUUCUAGGACUCUUGACUUUAUGCCCGACUGAAGUGGCACAUCUACGAAAAGAAUUACUAAUUGCUGCAAGGCACAUAUUGGCCACUGACCUCAAAACCAAAUUUGUCCCUCAUAUGGAACGAUUAUUUAAUGAAGAAGUUCUUCUUGGCCAUGGGUGGACUACAUAUGAGUCUUUGCGACCAUUAGCAUAUUCCACAUUGGCCGAUUUAGUGCAUCACAUUAGACAAUUAUUACCUCUGGUAGACUUGGCACGAGCUGUUCAUUUAUUUAGUAAAAAUGUACAUGAUCAGACUCUGCCCACGACAAUUCAAACGAUGUCUUGCAAAUUAUUACUGAAUUUGGUGGAAUGCAUCCGUCAGAGAUGUGAAACAGAAAAUCAAGUUCCUCAAGGCAGAGAGUUGUUGAUGAGAAUGCUGGAGGUAUUCGUUUUGAAAUUCAAAACGGUUUCUAAACUUCAACUCCCGAUUUUAAUGAAUAGAGCUAAACAACAAUUAGCCCAACCGAUCGAUAACAGAGUCCAGACAGGCUCAGCGACUUGCUUCGCGACCAAUGAAGAUUCCAAGCAUAACAUGGUGGAUCUUCAGGAGGACAAAGAAACCAAGUCUAGAUUCGGAUUUCCUCAAAAUCCAAAUCAGAAUUACAAUUUAGUAGAUUAUCGGAGUUUGGUGAAAACGCUUGUGUGUGGAGUAAAAACUAUUACAUGGGGAUGUGCAAACUGCAAAACAGGUGAAUUAGGACAAAACAAACAAUUUCAUCCCAAAGAGACCCUCGUGUUUAUUCGGCUUGUAAAAUGGGCCCUACAAGCUCUUGACAUAUAUAUGAUUGGGCCACCAGCUUCUAACGCAUCAAACCAGAUACGAGGACCAACAGCACAACAACAAACAGUGCGAAGCAAGGAAGAAAAAGAAGUGUUGGAACAUUUUGCUGGAGUCUUUUCAAUGAUGAAUCCACAAACAUUCAAUGAAAUCUUUUCAACUUCAGUUGAAUAUAUGGUCGAGCGAAUUUUUAAGAACGCUGCAUUACAGGUUAUUGGUAAUUCGUUCUUGGCCAAUCCUACAACUUCACCAAUUUUUGCCACGGUACUCGUUGAAUAUUUGCUCGAUCGAAUGGAUGAUAUGGGAUCGAAUAUAGACCGAAGUAAUCUUUACUUGAGACUCUUUAAAUUGGUCUUUGGAAGCGUAUCUCUGUUUCCGACAGAGAAUGAGCAUAUGCUGAAGCCUCAUUUGCAUCAGAUUGUUAACCGCUCAAUGGAACUGGCAAUGUCAGCUAAAGAGCCAUAUAAUUACUUUUUACUUCUUAGGGCUUUGUUUCGAUCCAUUGGUGGAGGUUCACACGAUUUACUAUAUCAAGAAUUUUUGCCACUACUUCCAAACCUACUAGAGGGAUUGAACCGACUUCAAUCGGGUUUACAUAAACAGCAUAUGAAAGACCUAUUUGUUGAACUGUGUCUUACAGUCCCAGUUCGCCUAAGUUCGCUGCUUCCUUAUCUACCAAUGCUUAUGGACCCAUUAGUUUCGGCCCUUAAUGGCAGCCAUACAUUAGUCAGUCAAGGUCUUAGAACUCUGGAAUUAUGUGUUGAUAAUUUGCAGCCCGACUUUCUUUAUGAACACAUACAGCCGGUGAGAGCGGACUUGAUGCAAGCCUUGUGGCGUACUUUGAGAAAUCCUACUGAUCAAGUGGCCCACGUAGCGUUCCGUGUGCUGGGCAAGUUUGGUGGAGGUAAUAGAAAAAUGAUGAUUGAACCACAAAAACUCGAGUACAACGAUCGCGAAACAAACUCCCCUGCCAUCGUUGCUCGCUUCCACGAGCCACACAAAUUGAUCGACUUUCCCGUGGAAAAGGUUAUCGAGACGGCCGUCAACGCACUCAAGACCAGCUCGACCGACGUAUUUUAUCGCAAACAAUGCUGGGAAGUCAUCAACAGCUAUCUCGCAGCGUCCAUUAAGCUGGACGACGACAAAGCGACGCUACACAGGUUCUUUUCCCACUCGUCCUUCAAAGACGGCCCCAUACCGCGUCAAGUCGAGCCACAUCCGAAGAGCUACGAUCUCGUCGCUAGAAACGUCCUGCAGACAGCUCUUACGGGACUCUUCGUUGCCGCAUCGACCAAAGAGCUUCACCAGACCGUUCUACCCACGAUGUUCAGCAUCGUGCGCCACUACACACUGAUCGCAGUCGCGCAGCAAGCCGGUCCGCUCUGCUGCACCAACAAACCUAACAAUCGACCUCAAGGACAAGAUCCGCUCGUCAUCAUCGACGCUAUCGCGUCGAUAAUGGGCCACGAAGAAAAAGAGCUAUGCAAACCAGGCAAUUUGGCGCUCGUCCUGAUCAUCGAGACGGCCACGACGAUCCUUGGCAGCAAAGAGCGUACCUGUCAGUUGCCGUUGACGGAAUACAUCGCCGAAAAAAUGAGCUCUCUUUGCUACGAGCGCGCCUGGUACGCUAAGUUAGGUGGCUGCAUGUCGAUCAAAUUCUUAUUCGAGCGCAUGACCACAAAGUGGGUGCUCAAGCACCUGUUUACUUUCGUGCGCGCGCUGAUGUUCGUCAUGAUGGACCUGACUAGUGAAGUAUCAAACGGAGCCGUAGACAUGGCGAAGAUCAACUUGGAAAAGAUGCUGCGGUCGUGCGUCGAUCCGGCCCUGCAGGAGCCCGGCGACGCCGAAAUCAUAGCCGCGCAAAACAAAGCCAUACACGAAGUCACGCACGAGUUCGUGCGCCAGAUCACCUCGUCGCACACGAUCGUUCGCGAGCAGUCCAUGUUCUCGCUCAAGCUCAUUGCCGAGGUGCAGCGCAAAAGCGUCACCGAGGUGAUGGAGCCCCAUCGCGAGGUACUGGCCGACAUGAUACCACCGAAGAAACACCUGCUGCGACACCAGCCGGCCAAUGCGCAAAUCGGCAUCAUGGAUGGUAACACGUUUUGCACUACCUUAACGCCGCGUCUUUUUUCCAUCGACCUCAAGAUCAACGAGCACAAAACUUUCUUCGACGAACUUUACGUCAUUAACGACGCGGAGGACGCGCAAUUGAACCGAUUGCCUUGUUACAAGAACAUCCCCAAUCUCGUGCCAUUGCGCAAGUCCGCUCUGCGUGCUCUCGCAGCCUGCCACUACAUCGUGGAGAAACGUCAAAACAUUUUUGAGGUGCUGUACGGCGCUUUAGAAAAGUCUAAUGUAGAGCUUCAGGAAGCGGCAUUCGAGUGCAUGCAGAAAUUCAUCGCCGGUUUCCAAAUCGACAUGGAGUCCGUGCACGCCAUCAUGCGACCGAUGUUGCUGACCCUCGGCGAUUAUCGAAAUCUCAAUUUAAAUUGUGUCAAGCGACUGUCCUAUCUGACGCAACUUUUCCCCAGUACAUUCAGCAUAACGCUCUGCGAACAACUCAUGCAGCACCUCCGGAAGCUUCUCGAGAAUCUACUGACCGCUCACAAGGGCGUGUCAAAGAACGGCGAGACGGAGCAAAAGAUCGCGACCAUCAUCGGCAUUUUCCAUCAGACGCCCGCCGCGUCGCCAAAAUUCAUCGACGUUCUCUGUCGCAUUAUCAUGCAAACGGAAAAGGCUCUGAUGGUCGAGGCCGCGAGCCCUUUCAGGGAACCCCUGAUGAAGUUCCUGCUGCGUUAUCCUCAGGAGAGUUUGGUAUUUUUGAUGAACGAUAACAAUCUUAAGGACCAGCAAUGGAGCCGCUAUCUCGAGUUCCUGAUCAAGCACAAAGACGGCAAGCCGUUCCGCGAUGUUUUGCAAAAGAGUACGCAAAGGUUGAUAGCGAUGUUGAUGGCGCCGACUCAGGUUAUAUCGAACCUAUCGGCUGCCGACAAGAGCGAAUUGAUGCACCAAGCCAUUCGUAUCAUCAACAUACUAAUUAAAAACGACGAGCAAUGGCUGUCCACGCAAACGCCAUUGGUUAACGCGCUCAAACAGAUCUGGGAAAACGAUGAUUAUCACACGUUGCACAAAUCGAUCGAGAACAUCGACUACUGCCACUGGAAAGAGCCAAAGCUGAUCGUGAAGAUUUUGCUGCACUACUUCUGUCAUCAUCCAAACGAUGUCGAUUUGUUGUUCCAAUUAUUGCGGGCCCUUUGCGGCAGAUACGUGCCAGAUUUCCAAUUCCUGAAGGACUUUUUGGAGAACACCGUGGCCCACGAAUACACUGUCGAAUGGAAGCGACGAGCCUUCUACAGAUUCGUCGAGCUCUUCCCCACGCAGAUGGCCCCCGAGCUCAAAGCCAAGAUCGUCCAGCUGAUCAUCAUACCGUGCUUUGCAGCCAGCUUCGAGAAGGGCGAAAACGUCAAGCUUGUGGGCUGCCCGCCGGUGCCGUAUAUUGACAGCAACGAAAACAUCAUAUCGAUAUUCAUCAACAAGAUCAUCGAUCCCGAAAAUCCACUCACGUCGACGGAUUGCGUUAGGAUAGCCCUUCUCCAGUGCUCCUGCUUGUUUGUGGAGCUCGCGCCGCAAUACAUCCACGAUGGAUCGAAUAAAAAACAGGGAAACAAAUUGCGCCGAUUAAUGACGUUUGCUUGGCCAUGUUUAUUAGGUAAAAAUUGCGUUGACCCAGUCACGAGAUACCACGGGCAUUUACUGCUGAGCCACGUCAUAGCUAAAUUUGCGAUACAUAAGAAAAUUGUUCUUCAGGUGUUUCACAGUUUAUUGAAGGCUCACGCAGUGGAGGCUCGAGGAGUAGUGAAGCAAGCUCUCGAAAUCAUCACUCCGGCAAUGCCAGUUCGCAUGGAAGACGGAUUCAAGAUGCUUACUCACUGGACCAAAAAAAUAAUUGUCGAGGAAGGUCACUCGAUGCAGCAGUUGUUCCACAUACUGCAACUAGUCGUCAGGCACUAUAAAGUGUAUUACCCGAUACGCCAUCACUUGGUCCAACACAUGGUUAGUUCCAUUAAUAGACUCGGCUUCAGUCCAACGUCUACUAUCGAACACAGAAAGCUUGCCGUUGAGUUAGCUGAAGUCAUUAUUAAAUGGGAACUGCAAAGGAUCAAGCGUGAAGGCGAAGUGGCCGCGGAACAAACAUCAGCUGCUUCCGCUACAGCUCUAGGACAAUCAGUGAAUUCAGCUCAAGCAGCGACUAUUAGUGCUUCAGUUUCGGGGUCUUCGUCGCCCAUGUCAGUUGGUAUCAAACGAUCGCUCGAGGACGAGCCGUUGGUCGAUGCCAAGCGACCAAACCUGGGAGUUACUGCUCCGAGUCCAGGGGCUACUGUAACAUGCCCUGUUAGUGGUUUAGCCAUCAGUGCAAAAUUAGAACCCGGUGCUUUAAAACCCAUCGAGAGGGGUCACGCCGAUUCUAUCCUGAACUUUUUGCUAAAGUUGGCCUGUCAAGUUAAUGAUGUUAAUACCGCUCAAGGCAAUCAAGGCGAGCAAUUGUCUCGUCGUUGCGUAGCUUUAUUGAAAAUGGCAUUAAAACCUGAAGUCUGGGACCAGACGUGCGAUCUCAAAUUCGCUUGGCUCGAUAAGGUAUUCCAGAGUGUUGAAAGUAAUCAACCAAAUUUUGGCAACAUUUGUACCGCAUUGGAAUUAGUGACAUUCUUGUUGACCGUCAUGAAACCCGAGCAGAUUUUGGCCAGUUUCAAACCUUUGCAAAAAGGAUUGGGUGCUUGCAUUUUUUCUUCGAACACUAAAGUUAUACGACUGGUGAAUGGUUUACUCAGCCGCCUCAUGACGAUUUUCCCAACCGAGUCACCCACGGCCACUGCUGCUUCGAAGCAUGAGGAACUCGAUACUCUUUACACAACUGUCGGAAAGUUUAUAAUUGACGGUUUGUCCGCUUAUGAUAAAAAUGCGCAAGCUCAAGUGAGCUCGUUAUUCGGAACUUUGAUGAUGCUCAAAGCAGCGUGCACCAACAAUCCCGGAUAUAUCGACCGAGUGAUAACUGCGUUUAUGCGUGUUCUUCAUCGCAUGGCCAAAGACCAUCUACACCCGACUCAAACGGAAAAUACUCAACUUACCAGUGAAUUACUUAUCAUGAGUCUAGACCUCGUUAAAAGUCGCGUAACUGCCAUGAUAGGUGAAAUGCGCAAGACAUUUAUUGGAACCAUUCUAAUUGGUCUCAUUGAUAAAACACAAGAUCUAAAAGUAAUGAAAUGUAUCAACAAGAUUUUAGAAGAAUGGAUGAAAACCGAUCCAGGUACCACGAAUCAACCUGCGAUGGUUCCUACGUUGCGCGAAAAAUCCCUACUUUUGGUGAAAAUGAUGCAGCAGGUAGAAAAACGAUUCCCUGACGAUCUCGAAUUGAACGCACAAUUCUUGGAACUGGUGAACUUCGUUUAUCGCGACGAAACGCUCAAAUCAUCGGAGCUCACGUCAAAGCUCGAGCCAGCCUUCCUCAGCGGUUUGCGUUGCGUUCAGCCGCACAUAAGAGCCAAGUUCUUUGAGGUGUUCGACGCCUCAAUGAAGCGACGCUUGGAUGAGCGUCUGCUCUACAUUAUCUGCAGCCAAAGCUGGGAUGCCAUGGGGCCGCAUUAUUGGAUUAAGCAGUGUAUCGAGCUGCUCAUCGUUACCGCUGAUGUCAACACCGAGAUACAAAUGUCCAAUCAGGAUAUUCUGCUGCCCAGCAUCAAUUCGAUCAUCAACCAGACGGAUAGCGAUGAUCAGAAGAGUUUUCUUAUGUGUUCAAUAGUGAAAGAAGAACCUGUCGAAGCAAUGGAGCAUGACGGUAGUACUGUGGAAGUGAAACAAGAAAUGAUGGAUGUAGAUAUGGAUUCUUCUAUCACUACUGAAGACAGCUCGGCUUCCAAACUUACGACUUUAUCCCAAAUAAUUGACAAUCAAUACGAAUACUUGGAACAAUCGAAAAAGAUUAAAACCGAAAAAUUGCUGAAUGCGACGGCUCAGUUGUGCUACAUGGACACGAAUUUGGCCGAGCGCGUCUGGCUCGACAUGUUCCCGAGGAUUUGGAGCAUACUAGACGAACAUCAGCAAAGCAUGUUUAUGACGGAAAUCAUACCCUUCGUCUGCAGCGGCACUCACGUCAUUCAAAAGGACUGCCAUCCAAGUGCCAUUGCCACGUUCAUCGAGGCGAUGUCUCAGUGUCAGCCACCGAUUCCAAUGAGGCCAGCCCUCAUGAAAUAUCUGGGACGUUCACACAAUCUCUGGCAUCGCAUGGCCCUGAGCCUCGAGGACAUGGCGCUCGAGAGCGAAAUCGGCGGGGCAAAGCCACGUACUGAUGAUUGUUACGAAUUUGAGCCCGAUAACGACAGCCUCCAGCCGGAAAUCCUCGACUCAUUGUCGGACAUGUACUCGUUACUACACGAGGACGAUAUGUGGUCCGGAUUGUGGCAGAGGCAUGCCCAAUACAAGGAGACUCUGCAAGCCACGGCUCUUGAACAGCAGGGAUUCUUUGAGCAAGCUCAAUUAGCGUAUGACCAAGCAAUGAAUAAAUUCAAACAAGAUUUCAUUACGACUCCGGCUCCCUUGAAAAUUCAAAGGGAAUCUUUGCUUUGGGAAAGCCACUGGAUCAAGUGUGCAAAAGAAUUAAAUCAAUGGGAUCUUUUGUUGGAAUACGGUAAUAGGAAGAAUGAUAAAAAUCCAUUCUUGAUUCUUGAAAGUUCCUGGAGAGUGCCAAACUGGGCAGUUAUGAAAGAAGCCCUUGCUCUCGUUGAGCAAAAUUGCCCGAAGGAAAUGAUGUGGAAAGUUAAUAUGUACCGAGGUUAUUUAGCCAUCUGCCAUAGCGAAGAUCAACAUUUAAGCGCUGUUGAACGAUACGUAGAAAUGGCAUCGGGUUUGUGUAUGCGAGAAUGGCGACGCCUUCCCCAUGUCGUGAGUCAUAUGCACUUGCAACUUCUACAAGCCGCACAACAAAUAAUGGAAUUACAAGAAGCUAUGCAAAUACAUCAAGGGUUACUUCAUGGACGAAAUUCCAGCUUGCAUGAUAUGAAAGCUAUAGUGAAGACGUGGAGAAAUCGUUUACCAGUGAUUGCAGAUGAUUUGAGUCAUUGGUCGGAUAUAUUUACCUGGCGCCAACACCAUUACACUUUCAUUUCCAGCCAUUACGAGCACAAUCAACAAGAUCAGACUCCAAAUCACUCCAUGCUAGGUGUUCAUGCAUCAGCUCAGGCAAUUCUGCACUUUGGAAAGGUCGCCCGCAAACACAAUCUUUUUGGCACUUGUCUGGAUUCCUUAUUAAGAAUAUACACGAUUCCUAGCGUACCCAUCAUUGAUUGUUUCCAAAAGAUUCGACAGCAAGUAAAAUGUUUCCUGCAGAUGGCUUCCACCCACGGUAGAAAUGAACUUCAAGAGGGACUUGACGUCAUUGAGUCAACUAAUCUCAAAUACUUCUCGAAAGAAAUGACUGCCGAAUUCUUCGCUUUGAAAGGUCUACUAUUGUCGCAACUGGGAAAUUCUGACGAAGCCAAUAAAGCAUUCUCAGCUGCUGUACAAUUAAACGAUACUUUGGUGAAGGCUUGGGCUCUCUGGGGCGAUUAUUUGGAGAGCAUAUUUACCAGGGAUCCUCGACAGAUUCAUAUGGGACAAUCGGCUUUGACGUGCUUCUUGCACUCGUGUAGACACCAAAACGAGAGUAAAUCGAGGAAGUAUUUGGCUAAAGUUUUGUGGUUAUUAACGUACGAUGACAAAGCCCUGCUCGAAACCCUGGAUAAGUACGCAGUCGGUGUGCCACCUAUACAAUGGCUUCCGUGGAUACCGCAAUUGCUAAUGUGUCUGACCAGAUACGAAGGUAAUGUGAUUUUGAAUCUAUUGAGCCAAGUUGGCCGCGUGUUUCCGCAAGCCGUUUACUUUUCAAUUAGGACAUUAUACUUGACAUUGAAAAUCGAGCAAAGGGAAAGUCAAAGAGUUAAAAGUGCGGAAUUGGCUAAAAAUCCAGAAAGCGGAUCUCAACCCCCAGCUUCGCAAGAUGCUAAAACUGAUGUUAAAAAGGCUACCAUUCCUAUGUGGAUGUGUUCUAAAAUCAUGCAUAUCCAAAGAGAGAUACAUCCCACUAUUUUAUCAAGUUUAGAGGGAAUUGUCGAUCAAAUGGUUUGGUUUAGAGAAACCUGGUACGAAGAAGUGCUUAGACAGUUGCGUCAAGGCCUGGCAAAGUGUUACGCUAUUGCUUUUGAAAAUCGUGGUGCCGUUCGUGAUGCGACGAUAACUCCGCACACGUUAAAUUUCGUAAAAAAACUUGUCUCUACUUUCGAAAAUAUAUCCUCGUCGCAAAAUAUAACCAAUACGUUUGGAUCGGCGGGUAACGAAUCGUUAGUUCGUCGAGCACAACAAACGGUACAAGAUCCUGAUUUCCCAAAAAUGAAACAACAGUUCAUAAACGACUUUGACUUUAAUGUACCUGGAGCUCAAUUAUUACACAAUCUCAUCAAUAAAUUUAAAAAAUGGGUCAAAAUUUUAGAAGGAAAGACUAAACAACUACCAAAAUCACUUUUAAUCGAAGAAAAAUGCCGAUUUUUAAGUAAUUUUAGUAUGAAAACUGCUGAAGUUGAGCUACCUGGCGAAUUUCUUCUUCCAAAACACUCUCAUUACUACAUCAAAAUUGCUCGUUUCAUGCCACGUGUCGAAGUUGUUCAACGACAUAAUACAGCAGCUCGCCGACUUCGAAUUCGCGGUCACAAUGGCCGUUUGUAUCCAUAUCUCGUAGUAAAUGAUGCAGGUUUGGGAGAUGCUCGACGUGAGGAACGUGUGCUACAACUCUUGCGAUUCUUGAAUCAUUAUCUUGGAAAACAGAAAGAAACAUCACGAAGAUUCUUGAAUUUCACCGUACCUCGGGUAGUGGCAGUUUCACCUCAAAUGAGGCUAGUUGAAGACAAUCCUUCUUGCGUGUCUCUAUUGGAUAUUUACAAGCAAGGCUGUGCCAAACAGGGCAUCGAACACGACGCACCGAUUGCCAAGUAUUAUGAAAGAUUGGCCGCUGUUCAAGCUCGUGGUGCCACAGCAAGCCAUCAGGUAUUGAGAGAAGUACUGAAGGAUGUACAACAACACAUGGUGUCCAAGACCAUGUUUAGAGAUUGGGCUGUGAAAACCUUCCCCGGUGCCACCGAAUACUGGACCUUUAGAAAAAUGUUUACCUUGCAACUAUCGCUCAACUGUUUCUGCGAAUACGUACUUCAUUUGACGCGAUUAAAUCCAGACAUGAUGUAUAUUCAUCAAGAUUCUGGCUUGAUCAACGUCGCAUAUUUCAAAUUUGACGUCGACGAUACGAAUGGAGAAUUGGAUGGAAAUAGACCGGUGCCAUUCAGAUUGACUCCAAAUAUCAUAGAAUUUCUUACUACGACAGGAGUCUCCGGACCUUUGACGGCAAGUGCAAUAGCGACUGCGCGUUGCUUUGUGCAUCCAAACUUCAAGGUCAACGCGAUCCUUCGAGCCAUUUUACGAGACGAGGUUGUAGCCGAUCACAUCAAACGUCAAGAAGAUUCGAAGAGCGACUCUGAGGGCGACUUGAAAGGCGAGCAUUUGAUAACAAUGGUGAACCGAGCUGUUAAUGCGAUUGUCAAUCGCCUGAACACUCUAGCCACGUUCGAUGGCACCGACAGCAAAGUCGCUACUCUCGUGAAAGCGGCUAAUAAUGAAGACAAUUUGUGUCGAAUGGAUCCGGCCUGGCACCCGUGGCUCUAAAAACUUAGGUCAUCGAUGAACCAUGAGUGUUAAACUGAGUUAGAUCGAACAAAAAUGAAUUGACCCACACUAGACUGAAACUAAAUGAAAGUUUGUAAUUUAAUGUUGUAGAUUGUAAUGUUUUAUGUUAAGUAGACAUCGAGAGCAGAAUAUGAAUAAGAAUUUCAAAAAUUCCCAAAAUAUGUAUUGAAUAUUUUUUUAUAAAGCUACGUGGCUCAUUAGAAAAAUGAUAAGAAGAAAUGUCUAAAAAGUUAUGAUGUUUACUCUAAUUUCUGUAUCCUUUUCCUGACUGAGUGGCAUACUGGUCAGAAAUAAUAAUGUAUUGUACAGUAACUUUUUUUGUAAGAUAUUCUAUCUUUCUAAAAAAAUUGUAAAUACAGAUCUUUAUUUUUAAGUAAAAAAGACUUAACAUAAAUUACAUUAAGCUGAAAAUAUAUUAAAAAAAAAGUAAAAAUGGUUUUGAAAAUCAUUACUAAAUAUAACUGUGAGUAAAUUGUUUGUAUCAUUACAUGAAGGAUAUGAAAAGUUGAAUUGAACCUUUUUUACAGUAUUUGUUUAAUAAAAAAAAAGUACUGAGUAUCUUUAUCUACUGUAUUGUAUGUGUAUUUAAAAAUUUUGUAAGCUAAUGAGAUAAUGUGUAAAAGAAAAAGUCAAUAAAUAUUUACUAAACAAA